AUGGAGAAGACCCCGCUCAUAAAUGCGGGAGGAGAGAGCUCUAUCGCGCCAAGCUGGCCUGUAGUUCAGCCAGCGGAACCUGCAUACAGCAGCCUCAACGACUGCCAGACGUGCUUGCGCUGCCCGUCAGCCUACAGCUGCGGAUUUUGCAAUGUCUUGUGUUAUGCCACCUUGGGCCUGGUGGUUUUUGCGCUUCUUCUAGCGCUUUACCCUGUAGUGGCCGUCGUUGUUCUAGUGCUCCUGCUGCUUUUCGGUUGGCUGCUAGGCUACACGUUGGUCUACCUGGCCUGUCUGAGACCGCCGCCGGAACUGGUUUGGAAGGGAGCGAAAUUGAUUCAACUAUCACGGCUGACAUUUUACCAAAUGCCGAAUCCUUCGCAAUGGACAGUUUCAGAUUUGAAGCCAAAAGCAAAGCUGGAGACAGGACUGCUGCAGUACGCCAUCGCAGUGCGAGUGCCGUUUAUUUAUGAGGAUGAGCUUUAUGCAGGUGGCCUUUUUGAAUCGCUUAUACGUCUCGCUCCGUCAUCGGAGUUCAUCACAAGCACCAUAUUUUUCUCACCGGCACCAGUGGUUUCAGACAUGACAAGUUUCAAGGAAGGUGAAAAUCCUGUCCAAUACGUUAUGGAUGUUUGUCGUGACAUCUAUCCCAAAGUCAUACAAGAGUGGGUGGACAAAACCUCUGACCGUGCCUUGACGCACAUAUGCCUUCAUGGCCUCGGGGCACAUCGACUAGAGUUGGCGGACUCAAAGCAUGCUGGCUGUGCUUAUGUGGUUCGGACAAACCAAAUUUCAGCUCUGCCUGUCAGAGAUGGCUUUGAGCAUUACGGCAAUGAUGUCUACUUUGACAAAGAGUUCAAAGUGGUGAAGAUUGUUCGCCAGGAGCAGGUAGAACCAUGGGAAGCCCCAAGGUCGACCACGUUUUUUCCAGAUGGUUCCAGAACUUGGGAAUAUGCAAAAUUCUGCUUCCGCAGCUCUUUGUUCUCAUUUGUCACUCUUGUAGACCACCUGUACGGGUGCCACCUGCAGCUUGCGAAUGUCGUGGUGCAAGCCAUGCGCGAGCAGCUCUCAGUUGACCAUCCCAUCCGUCGCUUCCUGGUACCCUUCUCUUAUGGAACUAUAAACAUCAAUGACCUGGCAAGACAAACUCUCGUGACUCGAGAUUCAUUUGUUCCGCGGCUUGUCCCCUUGGACAACGAAGGACUCCAGCUUGCUUGGGCCUCUGCAUACAAGCUGCUGCCACCUGAGUACCUGCCGGAUACAAGCUUGGGACCCAUUGAGACUAUUGAGAGGCUAUUCGAUAGGGAGCAGGCUAUCCAGCGCAAGUUUGAUAGUGGUUUGUCAACGCCAUAUCUUCAGCAGGCCCUCAAGUAUUGGAAGAUCAUGAGGAAAUUUGUGAGCGACUACCUUGAGCACUAUUAUGGCACUGGCUCGCGUGGAGAGAUGGCACUUGCCGCGGAUGAGGAGCUCAGGCUAUUCCUUCUGCAGUCGGUGACGCAGCUGCAGGCUUUCUCUGAGCCAUUGUCCAAUGGGCAGGUGCAUGAGGUCUGGCCUUCCGUGCCCGAUGCACGAAAGAAACCAAUCUUCAUCAACUUUUUGACUCGUUUCUGUGAGCUGGUCACAGUUGGCCAUGAGCAGGCAGGGCAGGUGCAAGCCUACGCGCAGGACGCUUCCUUCUGUGCGUUUUCUUGGUCCAAAAGUUUGCGGCAAGAAGGGCCGCUGGUGGCUCCAAAAGAGGUGGCCUUGGGUGAGGCUUUGUUGAUGACCCUCACCAGUACCCCGAUGCCGCGCUUGCUGGUACAAAGUCCUGAGGAUGAUUGGUCCCAUCUCUUUCCAGCUGCUUCCGAGGGUGAUCGAGCAAAACUGGACACGCUUUUCGGUGCUUUUCAAGCUGAGCUGCGCAGCUUUUCCGCUGAGUGCGAUGAGUACAAUGCUGCCACCGCUCAGCGCAGCUUUCCGAAUGAUUUUGGGCUUUGGGUUUUCAACCCUAAGUACUUGGAGACGAGCGUAUCAAUUUGA